AUGGCUAACUCUUUGCGCAACUGUCUAGAACGCAUUCAAUGCAAGUCAAUGGUCCAAUGGAGCGAGUUUGAUUGCUGUCGGUCUGAACUGGCAUCAAGCUCUGGUUUCAUGCAUGAUUGCCAACUUGAUUUCAUCUUCUGUUGCUCUUGCUCUUGGUCGACCAGGCGCAAGGUACCAUGUUGGCUAUCCUGUCCUGGCUCGAAGUGUUUUUGGAAUGUUAGUCAUCACGUCCUGAUUGAUUGGAGAUCUCAAAUCAAUCAACUUACUAACCGCAAGUGUAGGUAUGGCCAGUUCUUCUUCGUUUGGAUCCGAGCCGUAGUCGCUACUAUUUGGUUUGGAGUCCAGUCAUACUUUGGGUCCCAGCUACUCAGCGUUCUUCUGAGAUGCGUCUUUGGAGAAUCCUGGUGGCAUAUGACGAAUCACUUGCCUGCUAGCGCUGGCAUCACCUCUAGGGAUCUACUAGCCUUCUUCUUGUUCUGGAUCCUUGAAAUGCCCUUUCUGGUAGUCCAUCCGCGCAAGAUAAAGUUUUUGUUCGCGGCCGAGUCAAUAAUCUGCCCUCUAGCUUGUAUCGGCGUCUUCUCUUGGUGUGUUUCAUACGGGGGAGGAAUUCGUAUGAAUUCUCUUGCUUCCACUACUGAAGCAAAGGGGGGAGCCCUUGGAUGGGCAAUGCUUAAUGGAAUAAAUAGUUGUUUAGGCGUCACGUCUGCACUGCUAGUCAAUCAACCCGACCUUACUCGGUACACCCGCCGGCCAAAGGAUGCCGGUUGGAGGCAAGCAUCGUCCAUCUUCCUCAGUAAGACGCUGAUUUUCUUUUUCGGCAUUGGUGCUACAGCGGCAGUGCAAGGGAAAUUCGGUCACGCAUACUGGAACCAGUGGGAUCUUCUCAACGCAAUCCUUGAUCGAUUUUGGGGUCCAGCAGCUCGAGCUGGGUGCUUUUUUGCCUCGUUUGGAUUUGCUCUGUCGGUAUUGGGCGUGAAUAUUGGCUGUAAUGCUAUUCCUUUUGGAGCCGAUGUUACCGGUCUGGUACCCAAAUUGCUUACAAUUGUACGGGGACAGAUUUGUUGCGGAGUCUUAUCCCUCGCCAUUGUCCCGUGGAAGCUCCUUAGUAAGACUCUAUUCUAUAUACUUCUGCUUUCUUUGUUUAUAUGUAAAUAUCAAACGCUGACACAGUUGACUUUAUCUGCAGCUUCUGGAUCGGCUUUUUUAAUAUUUCUAGGCAGUUAUAAUUGCUUUAUUUCCCCUAUCUGUGCUAUUAUCAUUGUUGAUUAUUUCUUCAUCAAACGUGGGAACAUUCAUACUCCGUCCCUAUUCAACCCUUCUAAUAGCUCACUGUACUUUUACACCGGUGGUUGGAAUCUAAGGGCGCUUGGAUGUUGGGUUUGCUCAGCAGUAUUUGGCAUCCCGGGGCUCAUUGGAGCCUACCAUCCGACCUGGGUGGCUAUGGCUGCGACUCACAUAUACCAAACAGGCUGGGUUAUCUGCUUUACUGCUGCAGCAGUAUUGUACUAUGCAGUAAACUUGGUUUUCCGGGCCGAAGUCCUUCCAUAUGGUCAGGCAACUUCUGAGUUUGCCUUUGAGCAUUUAGCAGCUACUGAAGGAUACCUGGAAGGUGAAAAUGUUGUAGAAUUUCCAAUUUUGAGCCUGCGGGCGGAGGAUUCUUUAUGUUCAGAACAUGAGAUCAGCACAGUAGAUAAGGGUGCAAAAUAG